AUGUUCACCGCAACUGUACUUCUCGUCGCGUUGCGUUUCGUCGCUGCCGAUAUACCGCCUUAUAUCAAAGUGUGUCAGCGAAACGACACCAACGUCAACAAAUGCAUCAUGAAUUCGAUAGAAGAACUGCGACCGAAAAUGAUAAAUGGUAUACCAGAGCUGGAUGUGCCGGGUCUGGAGCCUCUGAGCUUGGGGCAGAUCGCACUGGCCCGCGGACCGCAAGGAGCUAAGUUGACAGCUGUUGUCAACGAUGUGAAAGUACGAGGGCCGAGCAAUUUUAUAAUUGAAGAACUAACGUCUGAUUUAGACAAGAACCGAUUCGAUUUCAAAUUGCUGUUGCCGAAGCUGGAUUUCAAUGGGAAAUACAAGAUGGACAUCCAGGUUCUCUUGUUGCGGCUGCAGGGUCGAGGGAACAUCACAGGAACCUUUAAGGACUACGCAUGCAACGUCACCAUGAAGGGACAUAAAGAAAUGCGCGGAGAAGACGAAUACUUGCAGUUUGAUCCGUUAAAAGUUAAAUUACGCGUGGGCCAGUCAUCCAUCUACCUCACCAACCUGUUCGACGGCGACCCGGUACUAGGCCCCGCCACCAAUCGCGUAAUAAACGAGAACUCACAAGUUUUCCUACAAGAAAUAAGUCCGGUCCUAGAACGCUCCCUUGGGGAACUCUUUAGAGAGAUGGCUAACAAAAUAACUUCUAAAUUCACGUACAAAGAGUUAUUCCCGUGA